CACCAACUCUGUUUAGUUUGAUUUUCAUUGUGUGGAUGCACCGUCAAUAUUGUCCUAGGAUUCAGCAGUGAAAUAAACUGCGAACGUAUCUAAUUGCGUUCGUUUAUUAAUUUAUUGUUGUCUAAGUAAUAAUAAACCAAGUAUGGCAGACAACGAGCAAAAAGCAUUGCAGCUUAUGGCGGAUGCCGAGAAAAAGCUUAAUUCAUCCAAAGGACUCUUUAGCUCUCUCUUUGGAACUUCGAAGGUAGAUGAAGCAGUAGAAUGUUAUCAGCGGGCUGCUAAUCUGUUUAAAAUGGCCAAGAAAUGGGGAAACGCUGGCAAUGCCUUCUGCGAGGCUGCUAACCUUCAUAUCAAAGCUGGAAGUAAACAUGACGCAGCUACAAAUUAUGUUGAUGCUGCUAAUUGUUACAAAAAAACUGAUGCAAAUGAGGCUUCUAGUUGUCUUUUGAAGGCAAUAGAAAUUUAUACAGACAUGGGAAGAUUUACGAUGGCUGCUAAACAUCAUCAAACCAUUGCUGAGAUGUAUGAAAGUGAAGCUGUAGAUUUAGAACGUGCUGUCCAUCAUUUUGAGCAAGCAGCUGAUUAUUUUAAAGGCGAAGAGAGUAUUUCAUCCGCCAACAAAUGCCUUUUAAAAGUUGCUCAGUAUGCUGCGCAGCUUAAAAAUUAUGAAAAAGCUAUUCAAAUUUAUGAACAGGUUGCAAUGUCAUCACUUGAAAGUCCGCUACUCAAGUAUAGCGCAAAAGAAUACUUUUUCAGGGCAGCUCUUUGUAACUUAUGUGUAGAUGCACUCAAUGCUGAGCAUGCUAUUGAAAGAUACAAUGAACAGUAUCCAGCAUUCCAAGAUUCAAGAGAAUAUAAACUCAUAAAGACAUUAAUUGAACACCUCGAAGAACAAAACGUCGAAGGUUUUACAGAGACAGUUAAGGAGUAUGAUUCAAUUUCGCGAUUAGAUCAAUGGUACACGACGAUAUUACUUCGUAUAAAGAAACAAAUUAAUGACAACCCUGAUCUCCGCUGAUCAGUAUUUGUAAUCGUUCAGUGUAUUAUGUCAUCGGUAUUCUUCCUCUCCUUACCAUAUGUAAAUUUUUUUCCAUUCAAAAGUUUGCUUUCGAAAAAUUUUUAUCAAUUCAUUUCUUGAAGAUUUUAUUGAAGUAUUACUAUUCCGGUUCACAGUCCAUCCAUUAAAUGUUCUAUAUUUUUGCUGUUCUUUCUUAAGACAUCUUUGAGUUAUCAAACUUCUAAACAGACUGCAAACCUUAAUCUGCGCUUGAUAGUAGAGUGUAUUAGUUGAUCAAUUAACUAGGUUAAAUUUGAUUGAUAAUGAAAUUUAAUAAAUAAGUAAAACUAUUA